AUGGACAAUAGUGGCCACCACACGGCGACCAAAAUCCUAGCGACUCCUCCGGCCAGAGAAAGCCUGUCUGCCAGGAGCAACAUGAUCAGCACGCCCAAGCCCCUCGCCUUCUCCAUUGAGCGCAUCAUGGCGCGGACGCCAGAGCCCCGCUCCAUCCCCGUCCCGCAGCUCCUCCACGGCUCCGUGGCCAAAGGCGACCCCAAGCACCCGCUGCACCUCAACUCCUCCAUCCCCUGCAUGAUCCCUUUUGUCCCGGUGGCGUACGACCCCCUGCCCAAAGCGGCAGUGGCCGGAGCGGAACCCAGGAAGGCUCAUUUAGACUCCUCUUCCUCGCCCUCCUUUAGCUGCGGCGAUCUCUUGAACUGUGCCCUGAGCUUGAAAGGAGAUUUCCCCCGCGAUGCCCUGCCCUUGCAGCAGUACAAACUGCCCAAGGCUUACCUGGCGGAGCGGAACAAGCUGGUGCUGCCGGCCGUGGACAAGUACCCGGCGGGGGUCGCCUUCAAGGACUUAUCGCAGGCUCAGCUCCAGCAUUACAUGAAAGAAAGCGCUCAGAUCCUCUCGGAAAAAAUCGCUUACAAGACCUCGGAGUUCAGCCGCGGCUCCCCGAGCAGCAAGACCCAAGUUUUCACUUGCGAUUUCACUCCUAAGGUAUUUAAUGCACAUUAUAACUUAACUCGCCAUAUGCCGGUGCACACGGGAGCCAGACCCUUUGUUUGCAAAGUUUGCGGGAAGGGCUUCAGACAAGCGAGUACGCUCUGCCGGCACAAGAUCAUCCACACCCAGGAAAAGCCACACAAGUGCAACCAGUGCGGCAAAGCCUUUAACCGCAGCUCGACCCUGAACACGCACACGCGAAUACACGCCGGCUACAAACCUUUUGUCUGUGAAUUUUGUGGCAAAGGAUUUCACCAGAAAGGCAAUUACAAAAACCACAAGCUGACUCACAGCGGGGAGAAGCAGUUCAAGUGCAAUAUCUG